UUAAGUGAAUUUUAUACAUAAUUAAAUAGGUACGAGCAAUUGUUGUAGAUUCGUUAAUAAAUUGUAAAAUACAAAAGCUACGCCUAUAACAUACUUUUAUCGUAAGUGCUUCAUGUUUAAAUUAAAAGUAAUAUUAAUUUUAAAGCAGUAAAAUGAACGAUAUAGUGUUCGUUGGCGAUUGGAUUAAAGACAGAGUACUGGGAUCAGGCAGCUUUGGGACAGUAGUGCUGUGGAAACAUAAAAAGACCGAAGAGAAACUCGCCAUCAAAACUUGUAAAUGGGGCGAUGAACUCACUGACAAACACAGAGACAGGUGGACGAAGGAGGUUGAAAUGUUGCAAAGCUGCCGAAAUCCAAACAUCGUUGGAUCGAAACCCCUUCCAUCUGAAUUUAUAAAGGGCUUAGAGCGAGGCAAUCCUUCAGGUCUACCUAUAAUGUGUAUGGAAUACUGCAGCGGAGGUGAUCUUAGGCAGCAAUUGAAUAAACCCGAAUCAUGUUCCGGACUGCGAGAAAUACAAGUUCGUCAGAUUCUCAGCGAUAUCAGAAAUGCAAUGAAGUUCUUACAUCAAAAGAAAAUAACUCACCGUGAUCUAAAACCAGAAAAUAUUGUUAUGAAUAUUGUAGAGAAUACAGAGCAAAACAAUAUUUCUCCUCAAACUGAACCAAGAGUCAUAUACAAACUGAUAGAUCUAGGUUAUGCGAAGGAGAUUGACUUUAAUUCCGUGUGUGCCAGCUUUGUUGGUACUCUUCAAUAUUUAGCACCAGAGCUACUGUACAGCAAAACAUAUAGCAAUUCUGUUGACUUUUGGUCAUUUGGUUUGCUUGCUUUUGAAAUAAUUUGUGGGAAAAGGCCUUUCCUUCCAUUCAUGUCUCCUGCACAGUGGAUGCCUCACGUCGAAAAGAAAACACAUGAAAAUAUUUGUGUUUAUGAAACUUUUCAUGGAGAUAUUGAAUAUUCAAACAAUAUAUUUCCUGAAAAUCAUAUGUCGGCGCCUUUUAAAGUACUAAUGGAAGAUUGGCUUAGAAUAGCUCUGGAAUGGGAUCCUAAACUGAGAGGCAGAGAUUCUCAUACAAGAGUCAGAUUUAAUAUUCCUACUGAGCAAAGAGAAGUAAGCAGUAACAUCAUCAUUUAUGACCUACUGGAAAAUAUUUUAUCUCGGAAGAUAAUAAGAAUAUUUUCUGUACCUACUCUGUCACGACUAGCAUACCAAAUCAAUGAUACUACAAUGGUUUCUGAUUUGAAGAAAUGGAUUGGGCAAGAUACAAGUAUGGAUAUAGCAGACUUAAUCUUGAUAUGUCCAAAUACUUUUACAGAACUUGGAGAAAUGGACAUUGUGUCAAACUAUUGGAGAGAACACUGUAACACAAUGGUAUACUUGUUCAAUAAAACAUACAUUCUUCAGAAGAACAUAGAACCAGAAGUGCCAAAAUCAGUACAAAGAUGCUUGGAGCAUCCUAAAGCUUUGUACAAUCACAAAAAUAGCCAAACUUUAUAUAAGAAUAGCUUGUAUUUUGUAAAGAAUCAAUCUGAAAUUUAUGAAUCACUCAUUAAUGGGUUACUUGUUAGAGGAGAAUCACUAAAAAAUGAGGGCAAACAAUUGCUACUAAAACACAAUGCAGUUGAUAAAAGUAUAAGUAAUCUUCUAGCAAAGGAAGAAAUAAUGAAAAGGCUGAUUGAAACUGGUAAGGAGCAAGUUAACGAAUUAAGAGACAGUGGAAAGGGCAUAAACAUGCUUGGAGGUUUCAACAAAACAUUCCAAGACACAGAUGAGCAUUUCCUAAAAAUCAGUAAACUCCAACAAGCCUGGAAUCAAUUGUCUGUUAGACUCACAUCUGCUAAACGACGUUGUAAUGAAAUUGUGUCAGAUGAUAUAAAAAACUUUGUAGCCAAAUAUAAUUACCAAGCAGUUUAUGCCAAUGCAUUCAAAAUAUACAUUAUGGCAAGGAAAAGUGAAAUUAUCGGAAAAGAAAAACACUGUGAUGACAUUAUGAAAAUUUGCUACAACUGUCUCAAAUUGAGAAGUAAAAUAUUGCUUGAAAUUCAUCACCAGCCCUUUGUUGUGAAGCUGAUGGAUUUGGGUACCGAAUUUUCCAAGAUAUCCGACAUUGUGACCAAGGCUGCAGAAAACACAGAAAAAUUAACCAAAGACCUCAGUGAUUACAUUGAUGACCUGAAUAAUUGUAUUUGGUCCACCAUAAACUUGGCAGUUAGUGAUGGGGAUAACUUGGCAGAUAUUCCAUACAGUGUGGUGUCUUUUGAAAAAAAAGACUUCAAAAUUGGUGGACCAGUUUCAAAACACUGCCAGAAAUUAAAAACUACAAUACCAGAUGAUGAUAAAUUGAAAUCUCUAAUAGAAGAUAGUUUAAAAUUACGAUUGAAUCAAGUAAAUUUGUCUGCUGAGGUAAAUUCACAGAGAGAAUUGUUAAAAACUACAAUUUUUGAUUUUAGUUUUCUUAAUGAAUGUAAAGAAUAGUAUAUAUGAAUGUGAAUACUUUUAUCCACAAAAUAUUGCUGAAACAGCACAUUCUAUGUUAGGUGUACAUUAUGUUAGGAAAUUAUAUACACAAAAAAUUGUACCCCCAACAAAACUAGGAAAGGAUCAAUUUUUAUCUAUAAUAUAUAUGUAUAUAUGAUGUUUUAUGGCCUGGAUUUUAGUCCUUUAGCCAAAUCUCCAUUUAUUAUUUCAUUAUUUGCUAAAUGAAAAUAGAAUUGAAAUGAAAUGAAAUGAAGUUUCUUCUUCUUCUUCUUCUUCCAGUGCCUCUUCAAUCCUGAAGGUUGGCCGUUAGUUUUCUGUAUUCUUAUUCUAUUCUUUCUUUAUGUAUUAAAUGAAGUUUAUUUAUCCAAAAUUGAUGAUGGAAUGAAACCAUAUAUAGUGAAUUAUGUCCUAGUAAAAUAGUAGGAAUUUACUAAAAUUUGAUUGAACCCUUUGGACAAGUCUGAGAAGUUACAUUAGGCGAUUUUGUUUUAUUUUCACACACUUUUGGAGUUUGAAAGAUGUUACUAGGUAAUAUCAACAUAUUUAAAAAUGAAGAAACAAUAACUUAAUAAAAUAAAAGAAAUCUAAUAAUUUCACUCCUUGUGUUCAUAUUA